AUGCUUAAGGUUUAUUGCAAAUUAGCAAAGAUUGAUAUAAGUGAGAGGUACACAUGCAAUAAAUUUGAAUUAGAUGAGACAUACGGCUAAUAUCCAUUAGUUCUUUAUAAGAACCUAUUUAUAACUAGAAACAACAUCCCUCUCUUCUUUAAACUUAUUACCAAGAUAAAUAUAAAGGCUAAACUUUCUCAAGAAGAGAGAUAUCAAGCUGAAUAUCUCGAAACAUUGAUCAGAAAUAAAUUAUCUAUAAUCACAAGAUUGAAUUACGAGAUUAAAUCAGAUGGAAGUUUGAAAUCUAAGAAAUUUCAAAGAUUUUUUAGAAACUUCUUAAAUGGCUUUACCUAUUAUUUUGAUUAGCAUUACCUCAGGAAAUUCGUUCAUGAAUACCAUAACUUAGACAACUUUCAUCACAGAUUUGAAGUCGCAAGAGAAAUUCAUGAGAAGUUAUCUAGACAUCUUGGUUAAAAAAUAGAGUAGAUCUUUUUCUCAAGCAAAAUUUUGAUGGUUAAGAAGCUAAUAAUCAGGAAGGGUAUUAUGCUAUUGAUGAUUCAUAGCAAAUCUAACUUAAGCUUAAUAAUUAUUUGUAAAUUACUCAGAUUAGAUGAUUAUAGUGAUUAUGACUAUGAGUUGAUGACUCAUGAUAGAGUUGUUUAUGUAUCUAAGAAUGAUGUAGAGGAUGAGAGUGAACUUUCACCAGCUGCUCUAAAUGUCUAUAACUAUGAAAAGAAAAUGGAGAAAAUCAAAAAGAUUGUCAUUACGGCUCUAGUGACUGCUGGUUUUGCGCCUUAAAUGAUAAUUCAUAAUGUCACUUAAAUUCUUGGAUGGGCCUAUAUAUUUAUGCUUAUUUCAACAAAUCUCUAUGUAAACAAAGAAUGGCGCUUCGAUCACUAUUAUAGAGUUCCUGAGUUUAGAGCUUAUAUCGAGUUCUUUCAAACCCUUUAGGUACUUGAUGUCGCAUACAGCAUAACAGGUUUAACAAAUAAUUCAGUGAGAGCCACUCUACCUUAAUACGUAUCUAGAAUAUUUAUAGUGUAUGGGGUUUUCCCUUAUGUGAAAAAUCCUGAGGGCUAGUUCGGUAUUAUCAUUUGUGCUUUAAUGUGGUCUACUAUUGAAGUUAUUAGAUUUUCCUUUUAUCUUAUUAAGUAAUUUAAGAUUCUAAGCAAUUCUAAGCUUGCAACAUUCCUUGGAUAUAUUAGAUACACAACUUUCAUACCUGUAUACCCAACAGGAGUUGCUGGUGAAUUGAUAGCUAUAUAUUAUACAGUAUUGAAUUUAAGCUCAAUGAAUACUAAACCUUUUACAAUUAAUAUGCCUAACAAGUACAACUUUGCUUUUGAUUACUAGAUGUAUCUAUGCAUCACCCCAAUAUUUUACCUCUUAGGAUUUCCAGGAUUAUACAUGCAUAUGUUCAGAUAAAGAGCCAAAUUUAUCAAAGAAGAGAGAGAAAAAUACUAAAAUAAAUCUCAGAAAUAGGAUUGA